AUGACCAAGGCGCCCGCUGACGUCGACGACCAUUUGAUUAUGAGCGACGUGCCCUCUGUGCCUCCGUCGUUGGCUGCCUCCAAGAAAAAGAAGCGGAAAGGCGUGGCCAAGCCACCCCCCGCCACGGCGGUCGACGACCUACUGGACGAUAUGGCACCGUCGCUAGCAGCCACAGCGCAGGUCCAGGCCGACCUGUUGGCGACAGCCAGUGAUCUGUAUCGCCGCAUCGAGGCCGAUCCCCAUGGCCUGCCUGACGACGAGGCGUACUGGACAUCGCUUCCAGCGCAUCUGCGCACAUUCAUCCGCAACGCGCUGCCCCUGGGUCAGCUCGGAGCUACGUCGCCUGACCAAGCAGACAAUGGGCCGCGCCAUGCCUCGACGCAGGCCAUGAUCGCCGUGGCUCAGCAGCUCGCACAGGCUGCGCAUGCCUCGCAGACUGGUUUGUCUGACUUGUACCGUUCCAAAGACAAGUUCUUGCCGCCCUUUCCUGGCAUGACCAUGCCCAUGACGGACGAAGGCGACCUGGUAUUUGUCAACGAACUGGACGACGAGGAGGCUGAGCUUGAUCCUGCGUAUGCCAGCGACGAGAUCCUCGACGAGAAGCUCGAGGAGGUGCGUGAGCCUGAAAAGAAGAAAAAGUCAAAGAAGAAGAAGAAGAAGAGUACAAGUGCUGCGAAUGCGAAUGCCAACGCAACGACGCAGGCGAUACCCACGGACGACCACCGACUCGCCACGGCGCCUCUGCCGGCACCUUUGCCGGCGCCUACGCCGCGUGGACGAAGCAUGCCGCCGGUCCCUGUAGCUGCGCCGCAUGCGCCUCUGCCAUCAUCGCGCGCUGCGGGUAAGCUCCCGAUGAUGUUCCACUCCACGGCGACGCGCCCGCCGGCGGUGCCGGCCCCUCGGCCACCGAUGCCCAAGCGCAGUAAGAGCUCGCUGAGCGUCAGCAGUAACCACAGCCCCAUGUUCCCUACGCACAUGGCAGGCGCUGCGCCGCCUGCGAGCGGUAGCGGUCUGACGAUCGGCAGCGCCGAGGAACGUGAAAAGAUUCGCGAAUUUUGGUACGGCUUGAAUCGCCGAGACCGCAAAACGAUGCUCGAAGCGGAGGAGCAGAGUGUUCGACGCAAGCUCAAAGACUACAUGCGGCACGCGUGUACAUGCCGUGUGUGUAUGCGCAAACGCGUGGCUAUCGAUACGAAGCUAUGUGAACUGUACAAGUCGUACUAUGACGCGCUGGAGGAGCAGAUUGUCGAGUACGAGCAUGCCCAUGCAGCGCAGGAUACGCAGCAUGGCCACGAUGAGGCAGAGGACGAGGAUGCAGUGGUAAGUUUGGCUGCGCUAGGCCCAGGGCCCUUCCCAGGCAGUAUCGCGCUGGAUCAGCAUGGCGGCGUCGUCGGUGCCAACCUGCUGAUAUCGCGGCAGUCGUUCCGGGAGCGAAGACGUCGUGCCCUCAGUGCGUAUCCACCUGAUACACCUACUAGCGAGAGACUACGCGAUGCUGUGGGCGACGUCACACAUCCGUCCGACGACUUGUACGACGAUCUCGACGACGACGAGUACGAAGAUGAGUACGACGACGAGUACGACGACGAGUACGAUGACGAGUACGAGCGGCCAGAUCGUCGUCGUCGUGCAAGCUCACAAUGUCACGGCAGUGACUGCUACUGCAUUAACUCAUCGCUUACAGUCAAAGGCAUUCUGACCGUGGCCGACGACCUGUCCGGCAACGAGGUCCAAAAGCUCAUCCUGAUGAUGGAGCAACUCGCCGAACGGCAUGCGCCGCCGGAAGUCACGUGUGACGUCGCCGACGACGAGUCGACGCCUAGCGAGUUGGAGCUCUCGCCCGAGGAGCAGCGCGAGCAAGGCUGGCGUAUGUUCCAGAUCUUUGCCGCACGCAUUCUCGAGCAGCGUGUACUGCAGGCGUAUCGCGAGCGUGUUGCGCAGGAACGGCAGUGGCAAUUGCUCCGUGAGCUGGAAGAAGAAGAGUCGAACGAAAAAGCGCGGGAAGCCAAGCGGGCGAAGGAGAACCAGCGCAAAAAGGACAAGAAGCGGCAGCUGAAGCAGCAGAAAGAAGAGGAGCGGCUGCGGCGUGAGCAGGAGAAGGCGGCCGAAGAAGCGGCGGCACGCGAAGCCGAGCGAAAGCGCCAGGAAGAAGAGCGUCAGAAACGCGAGGCGGCACGUAAAGAGGCGGAGCGAAAGGAAGCGGAGCGAAAGGAAGCUGCACGCAAAGAGGCCGAGCGCAAGCGCAAGGAAGCAGAACGUAGGGAGGCCGAGCGCAAGGAAGCCGAGCGCAAAGAGGCCGAGCGAAAGGAGGCGGAGCGAAAGGAGGCUGAGAAGCGCGAAGAACGCAAGCGCCAGGCAGAAGAGCGCAAGCGACGCAACCAGGAACGCCGUCAGCGUGGUAAGCGUGAGGCUGCCGUGGACACAACGCCCCCGCCGCCCGCGUCAGCCCCCGCCUCGGCGCCCGCGUCGACGCCAGGCGCUACGUCCGCCACUUCCGCGCCCUCAGCUGCCGCGCCUGCGUCUGCCACGUCGGCGACCAGUGCGGCGCCAGCAACGCCAACUACGCCCCCUACGCCCGUGCAGGCCAAGCAUGAUGGCAGUGCACCUCGUGUCCCAGUGGACCGUGCAUUGUUCUCCGAGUCGUUUGCGCCUUUGUCGUUUGGCACGCGGACUACGGAGCCAGAGCCAUGGGAUCCACGACGGACCGCGCCGCCGUCACGUCACGCGCCGUUCUUUGACAGCAUGGCAUCGACGACGAGUGCCCUGCACCGAAUGCAUCUGCACCCUGUGAGCUCGGCGGCGACACCAGGCACGACCUCUUCGUCCUCGCUGGCCGGUGCGGUGGACGCCGGUGUGACGUCCUCGCCCCAUGGGCCUCCGCAUGACUUCGGUCUGGGGUCGUUGGUCGCCCCCAGUGUGCCAUCCAACACGGCGAGUCCUGCUCGGCCUAUGCCUGCGCCGAUCGGCCCUAUCGAGCGGCCACGGCGCUCGGCGACAGGCAGCAGUGACAUCGGUGUAGAGAGCAUCCUCGGGAGCGCCGCUUUGGGCGACGAUGAGCUGAUUGAGCCACGAGGCCGUCGUGCCAAUGCCAUGGCGAUGGCCAGUGCGUUUGGACCUCCUGGCUCGGCCAGUACAAUAGCGCCUCACCGGCCGUUCUACUCGCCAUGGUCGUCUACGCCGACGCCAGGGUACAGUAGUUUGGGGCUCGGCACAUUGGGCACGACCUCGGCGGCCUCGGCGGCUCCUGGCUCGGCCUCGACAGCCACCGCUCCCCCCAGUGCGGCCCCGGCGCCUAGUGGCCUAGGCGCGCUAGGCACAGGCCUGCCUUCCAGCACGGCGACCACCGCCCUGGGUACACGUGGCUUUGGUAGCGCGCCUUGGAAUACGUCCUGGGAUCGCGCACGACAUGCGUUUGAGCAGCCCAACGUCGAUGUGUUUAGCAGUGAUCCUCAUGCUGCUGCCACGCCGAUGCCCUCGGCCCUCGCUCCUGGUACGCUACCACCGCCACCGGGCCGACCUCGUCCCAACGGCUAUCCAUUCCCAUCGCUACCGACCUUCUCCACAGGCCCAUAG